AUGGGUUACUGGGGAGCUUCUGUGCCUACGGGCGUCAUGGACCCUAUGCUGAGCCAAGAUAUCUACACCGAUCUCUUGACAUUCACUUUCUGUGGCCCGAAUCCAUACAACCUAAACCAGCCAAUCUUCAUUGAUGCCGAAGACCCUUCGCGGUCUUUCACAGGCAACCAAUUCCGGCAAUUAGUCCAGACCUUGAUCGCGGGCUUCAAAGCGCAUGGCGUGCAGAAGGGUGACUGUGUGCUACUUCAUCUGGGGAACAGCAUCUUAUAUCCCGCCCUCUUCUUCGGUAUCAUUGGUGCCGGUGGUGUGUACAUGGGCUCCAACCCCCGCAGUCAAACCUCCGAAUUCGAACAUAUAGUUUCCCUGGCCGAGCCCAAAUUUAUCUUCACAACUAGCGAUGCGCUGCCAAUGGUGCUGGAGGUGGGUGCCACCCGGGGCAUCCGUCCGGAACAAGUCUGCGUGGUCGAUGAGCGCUCAGUGGAUCACUGCGCUCAGCUCUUCCUGUCGUACGAGAUGGGUUACCUGGCGAAAGAUGCCUUGGCCAUGCGCACGCAGGAUGCUGCAUAUCUCAAUUUUCCUCGUUUGCUUUGCUACGGCGAAAGUGAGUGGAUGAUGUUCACCGAUCCCAUGGAGGCGCAGUCCACGCCUGCAGCCAUGUUCUCGACUAGUGGAACAGGUGGCCUUCCCAAGGCUGCUAUCCUGUUGCACCACGCCAUUGUGUCGCACCACCGUUCUAUACAAUAUGAUGUGCCAUUCCAUGUGAGCAGACUCAUGUCGCUACCUAUGUUCCAUCUGUUCGGCGCAUUGUGGACACACAUCUUCCCUGUGCGCUAUGGCCACCCUGUUUUCGUAUUGCCACGCUUCGAGAUCAAAUCAUUCUUGACUUCGAUCCACCGGUACCAGAUCUCAGAGACGUAUUUGGUGCCUGCAAUCGUGAACUCAAUCAACCGCUCUACUCUGCCCAUUGCCAGCUACCUUUCGUCGCUGCGAUAUGUCGGUGUCGCCGGUGCGCCCAUUGAUGCGCAGACAAUGGGCCAGUUCCAGAGCCUCCUCCACUCGCAAGCUUAUGCUUGCCAAUUGUGGGGUAUGACCGAAGUCGGUGUGAUCUUCCAAAACCGUUACGGUCAGCAAAACAACCACGGUAGCAUCGGCACCCGUCUAGCCGGAUACGAAGCACGCCUGGUCGAUCCCGAAGGCAGAAUCGUGCACAAUGACGAUCGAGCCGGUGAACUCUACGUUCGCGGGCCCGGCCUCCUCCAAUCCUACAAGGGCCGCACCGACGCCAAGGAAGCCGGUGGUUGGUUCCGCACGGGCGACGUGGCAUACGUGAAGCACGGCUACUAUUUCAUUGUCGGGCGAACAAAAGAGUUAAUUAAAGUGCGAGGUUGGCAAGUAGCCCCCGCCGAGGUGGAGACCGUCCUCCUCCAACACCCAGGGAUCACCGACGCCGCCGUCACUGGCGUAAACCUGCCGGAUGGUAGCGGUGAAGUGCCCCGCGCCUUCGUAGUGCGCUCCCGAGACCCAGCCGUCAACCGACUCACAGCCGAAGAAGUGUACAAAUUUGCCCGCGAAAAGUUGGCCAGCUACAAAGCCCUGGAUGGCGGUGUGAUCUUCGUCGAGGAGAUCCCCCGCACGGCCAGCGGGAAGAUCCAACGCUUCAAACUCUCCCAAAUGAACACCUACCGACAGAUGAUUGCGAAUUUGUUAUCCCAAUUUGGGGGGAACAGCGCCGCUCGUGCAUUACCUACCAGCGCGGAUGUUCCAGUCGGAAUGGCACCGGAAGGCCGGGUUACCGUGUAA